AUUCCAGUAACCAUGGGCGGCAAGAACAGCAAACCCGAGGCUGAAAAGAUCAUCGAUGGCAAGGCCAUCGCCGCGACCAUCCGCGAGGAGAUCAAGGUGGAGGUGGCGGAGCUGAAGGCCAAGUACGGCAAGGCUCCCGGCCUCGCCGUGGUCAUCGUGGGCAACCGACCCGACUCGCAGACAUACGUUCGCAUGAAGCGCAAGGCGUGCGACGAGGCCGGUAUCGUCUCCUUCCACAAGGAGAUGCCCGAGGACUGCAGCGAGGAGGACGUGCUGCAGGUCGUUCGCGACUUCAACGCCGAUCCCGACUGCCACGGCAUCCUCGUCCAGCUCCCGCUGCCCAAGCACAUGAACGAGGAGAAGGUGCUCGCGGAGAUCUCGCUGGAGAAGGACGUCGACGGCUUCCACCCUCUCAACAUCGGCAAGCUCAGCAUGAAGGGCCACGAACCGCUCUUCAUGCCCUGCACCCCCAAGGGUUGCAUCGUGCUGCUGGAGCGAUCCGGUGUGGAUCUCAAGGGAAAGAACGCGGUGGUGGUCGGCCGGUCCAACAUCGUCGGCAUGCCCGCCGCGCUGAUGCUCAUGAAGAAGGACUGCACCGUGACCGUGGUUCACUCCCGCACCAAGGACCCGGCUGAUAUCUGCCGCAGGGCCGACGUCAUCAUCGCCGCCGCGGGCAGCGCGCACAUGGUCAAGAAGAACUGGAUCAAGAAGGGAGCCGUGAUCAUCGACGUCGGCACCAACUCCGUGCCCGACGCGACCAAGAAGAGCGGGUUCAGGCUGACGGGAGACGUGGACUACGACGAGGCGAUCAAGAGAGCGGAUAUGAUCACCCCGGUGCCGGGCGGCGUGGGGCCCAUGACCAUCGCCAUGCUCCUGUCCAACACUCUGGACUCCGGCAGGCGCUCCAUCGCCAACUGAGAGCCGGGCAAACACGAUAUUCUUUUGGUCCCCCAAGCGGGACGCGCGACACCCAUGUGAUAUCAUAGGUUGAGUUUGUGAUGCGAGGGAUUCACUGAUAC